GAGAAGAAGAAUGGCAUCGAGCUCUUCGUGUCCUCUGAUAGGCCGGGAGUCUCCGAGCCCCUACCUGCUGAAGAGGUCAUCCAAUCACUGAACAUCAGGGUCCUCCAUCGACACCUGGGACACUUCGGCAUCACCGAGGUCUCCACCGAGAAGAACGUGCUGCAGGGCGAGCAGCGGGAUCACGUUUGGAGCCCAGAGGGUUUCUACGCCGUCGUCCUCUUCUUCACCGUCUUCGUCAUCGUCAUCACCUGCUUGAUGGUUUUGUUCCGACUGAAGGAGAAGGUCCAGGUUUGUGACAGACAGCUGAAAGCCCCGCCUCUUGACCUCCACCUGACACCCACCGUCCAAUCAGACUCCGCCCAGAAGUCAAAGGGUGCCAAGGUUGUGUCGUCAGGAAGCAUGGUACAAGCUGAGCUCCCGCCAAUUGUAGCCAAGCCCAUUCGUCCGCAGCAGCCAAUCACAGCCUGCCGUCGCCUCGCUCCUCCUGUCCCUCUGCCCAGCUCCUCCCUUGUGCCAGUCUUCAGCAGCUUUGACCACACCCCCCUCGUCAGCGUUGCCCCGGUGACAGCCAAUCACGAGCUAAAGCCGUGCCCCUCCCCCUUCAGGAUGAAACCUGCCGCCGGACUGCAAGAGAGACGCGGCUCUAACGUCUCCCUGGUGUUGGACAUGUCGGUGCUGGGCUCCGUGGAGCCGCUGAGCGCCGCCCCCCCGGUGACGCCCCGCGAGGCGGUCGCCAGAGAAUACCUGCUGGCGGCCCGACGACCUCUGACCCGACAGCAGCUCCGAGACGUCGUGCAGAACACACACACUCUGCACACUGAAUUCGCUGAAAUCCCCAUGAAUUUUAUUGAUCCCAAGGAGCUCGAUAUUCCAAACCACGGGACCAAGAACAGAUACAAGACCAUACUGCCCAACCCUCACUCCAGAGUCACCCUGAAGGCCAAGAGCUGCAACGACCCGCUGAGCUCCUACAUCAACGCCAACUACAUACGGGGUUACCUAGGCGACGAGAAGGCGUUCAUCGCCACGCAGGGCCCGAUGGUGAACACGGUGAACGACUUCUGGCUGAUGGCGUGGCAGGAGGAGGCGCCGGUCAUCGUGAUGAUCACCAAACUGAAGGAGAAGAACGAGAAGUGUGUCCUGUACUGGCCGGAGAAGAGGGGGAUCUAUGGGAAGGUGGAGGUGCUGGUGAACAGCGUCAGAGAGUGUGAACACUACACAACCCGCAGCCUCACACUCAAGAGCGGGAAUCAGACCCGGGACCUGCAGCACUUCUGGUACACGUCGUGGCCUGACCACAAGACGCCCGACUCCACGCUGCCGCUGCUGCAGCUGAUGGGAGACGUGGAGGACCGGAGGGCGGCAGCCAUCUUGGGACCCGUCAUCGUGCACUGCAG